AUGGCUUCGACUUCGGAAAUGGGAUCGGCGGAUUUCGAGACUUUGGUCUCCACAUCGGACGUGGAGCUCUUGAAGAGGGCGUGGCGUAACGAGAAGGCAGCGCCGGAGAUUCUUCAGUACGAAGCGGCUCUCGUCGAUAGAGCCAAAGAGCAGAUUGAAUUGGUGGAAGAAACAAUUGAAGAAUAUGUGGAAGAUGGAAUCGAUCCUCUGGUGGUGUCACUUUAUCAGAUGGAUUUGGACAGAACUCAGUUUCUACUCAGAUCAUAUCUUAGGGUUAGGCUUCUCAAGAUAGAGAAGUUCAUGUUCCAUAACCACAAGUCAGAAGAAGCUCAACAACGGCUUUCUGAGCAAGAGAAGGUGUUUGCUAAAAGGUGUGCUGGUGAUUUGGAAAAGCAUUUUGAAGAGAGUGUGCUGGUCAAGUUGCCCGAGAAUUAUCAGUCGGUUCUCAAGCAAUCCCUUAUUAGUGAAGUGGAUGACAUGGUGCCGCAGCCGCAUUUGGAUACUUUUGUUGUUUGCAGAAGCAACAACUUUGUUUCCCUCAAUCUAUAUGAAGAAGGAGAGAGCCCCGAAACUGUGGAGAUGGAGCGUGGUGAUCUCUACUUCAUACGUUACAAGAUUGUGAGAGGGGCGAUCGAAUCUGGGAAAAUUGACUUGAUCUGA